UGAGAAAGUUUUCCGGUGUAAGAUGGAGGCCUCGGUUAUAUUACCGAUUCUGAAGAAAAAACUAGCCUUCCUUUCAGGAGGAAAGGACAGACGAAGUGGCCUCAUUCUGACAAUUCCUUUAUGCCUUGAACAGACAAAUAUGGAUGAGCUAAGUGUCACUUUAGACUACCUACUCAGCAUUCCAAGUGAGAAGUGUAAAGCUAGAGGAUUUACAGUGAUUGUGGAUGGCAGAAAAUCACAGUGGAAUGUGGUGAAAACAGUAGUCUUAAUGCUUCAGAAUGUUGUUCCAGCUGAAGUGUCCCUUGUUUGUGUAGUGAAACCAGAUGAAUUCUGGGAUAAGAAAGUAACACAUUUUUGUUUUUGGAAAGAAAAGGAUAGACUUGGCUUUGAGGUUAUUUUAGUGUCUGCCAAUAAAUUGACUCGUUACAUAGAACCAUGCCAGUUAACAGAAGAUUUUGGUGGGAGUCUCACUUAUGAUCACAUGGACUGGUUAAAUAAGCGGCUGGUUUUUGAGAAAUUUACAAAGGAAUCCACAUCAUUAUUAGAUGAACUUGCUAUGAUAAACAAUGGAAGCGAUAAGGGAAAUCAACAAGAGAAAGAAAGGUCUGUGGAUUUAAAUUUUCUUCCAUCAGUUGAUCCUGAAACAGUUCUUCAGACAGGUCAUGAAUUGUUAUCCGAAUUACAGCAGCGGCGGUUUAAUGGGUCAGAUGGAGGGGUCUCGUGGUCUCCCAUGGAUGAUGAGCUGCUUGCACAGCCACAGGUUAUGAAAUUGUUAGAUUCACUGCGAGAGCAAUAUACCCGUUACCAGGAAGUUUGCAGACAAAGAAGUAAGCGUACACAGUUAGAGGAGAUUCAACAGAAGGUGAUGCAGGUUGUAAACUGGCUUGAAGGGCCUGGAUCAGAACAACUACGAGCCCAGUGGGGGAUUGGAGACUCCAUUCGGGCCUCCCAGGCCCUACAGCAGAAGCACGAAGAGAUUGAGAGCCAGCACAGUGAAUGGUUUGCAGUCUAUGUAGAACUUAAUCAGCAAAUUGCAGCACUCUUAAAUGCUGGGGAUGAGGAAGAUCUGGUGGAGCUGAAGUCCCUGCAGCAACAACUUAGUGAUGUUUGUUACCGACAGGCCAGUCAACUGGAGUUCAGGCAAAAUCUCUUACAAGCAGCUCUUGAAUUUCAUGGUGUUGCCCAAGAUUUGUCUCAGCAGUUGGAUGGCUUAUUAGGGAUGUUGUGCGUAGAUGUAGCACCAGCUGAUGGAGCAUCGAUUCAGCAAACUUUAAAACUGCUUGAAGAGAAGCUGAAAAGUGUUGAUGUAGGAUUGCAAGGUUUGCGUGAAAAAGGCCAAGGUCUUCUGGAUCAGAUCUCCAAUCAGGCAUCCUGGGCCUAUGGAAAGGAUGUAACCAUUGAAAAUAAAGAAAAUGUGGACCACAUCCAAGGAGUGAUGGAAGAUAUGCAGCUUAGGAAACAAAGAUGUGAAGACAUGGUAGAUGUGCGAAGGUUAAAGAUGCUGCAAAUGGUGCAGUUAUUUAAAUGUGAAGAAGAUGCUGCCCAGGCAGUAGAAUGGCUAAGUGAACUUCUGGAUGCUCUGCUUAAGACCCACAUCAGAUUGGGUGAUGAUGCUCAGGAAACCAAAGUUUUGCUGGAAAAGCAUAGAAAAUUUGUUGACGUUGCACAGAGCACUUACGACUAUGGAAGACAGUUGCUCCAGGCCACAGUUGUGUUGUGCCAGUCUUUGCGUUGCACUUCUCGAUCUUCCGGGGACACACUUCCUCGACUGAACAGAGUAUGGAAGCAGUUUACAAUAGCAUCUGAAGAACGAGUACAUAGACUAGAGAUGGCUAUUGCAUUUCACUCAAAUGCAGAAAAGAUUUUGCAAGACUGUCCAGAUGAGCCUGAAGCUAUUAAUGAUGAGGAGCAGUUUGAUGAAAUUGAAGCAGUUGGGAAAUCACUUUUGGAUAGAUUAACUGUUCCUGUAGUUUAUCCUGAUGGAACUGAACAGUAUUUUGGGAGUCCAAGUGACAUGGCUUCUACUGCAGAACAUAUCAGAGACAGGAUGAAACUGGUUAGUCUGAAAAGGCAGCAGCUGAGACAUCCUGAGAUGAUGGCCACAGAGAGCUAAUAACUGCCCACUUCCCAGACCUGCAGCUCAUAUUCCCGCAUGUCGUCAGCAUCCUACGGCCGCCUCCAUACCUUCAGAUGCAUUUCACAGUCAGGAUAAGCCUCAUUUGUUUCCAUACACAUUUCUCUCCAUGUUAACACCUUGAAGCUACCAAGGCAUCAUUCUUUAAUAUGCUUUGAGACCAUAGACUCCAAGUAUUUUAAAAGAAGGAACUGUAAACAUUGCACUGAAAAUUUGAUUUAAAGCUUUAUCUGACCUGUCAGUUUGUAGAUGAACAACUGAUCAUAAGCUUUGAUUGGUGCUAAUAAGAGUUUAGGAAUUCUCUUUAAAAAGUGGUUGCCCUUCUUCCCCAGGUGAUAUAGUAAAUUUAGAUUGAACUUAACCUGUUACUAGUAGACAAUGAUGUCCUCAUUUUUUUAUUUUAUAAUUUUUCUUUAAAUUUUAUUAUUUUUAUUGUGUCCAUAUGAAGAAAUCCCUUCAGAUCUUUGAUAUAUUCACUAAAAGACAUUUUUCUAUUUGUAUUGAUAAUGUGUUAAAAGUUGGUUGUGCUUAAUAAAAGGUUUCUUUUAAACAUCUU